AUGUUCCAUGAAGCGAUGGCUCUGUGCGCUGUCUUCAGCGUAAUAAUCGUUUGGGCCCUCGCAGCUGCCACACCACUGCCUGAGUCAAGCGAGCAGCUGGGACAGAUCUGGACUGAGUGGGUUGCAGAUAAUACUCGCGACCCCCAGCUCGAAACGGGUUGCCUCACUUCAACAAGUGGCACAAAUCCGAGAAAUGGAUACACAGACGAUUUUUUCGCCGUCACUGAUGAAAUCGAUAGACAUCAACGGCGCAGGCGAGGGCCAAGUUGUUUACGAAUUGACCCAAGUCCGGUGAGGCACUCAAUCCCAAGUUUUGAGGCGGCAAACCUUGGAAAUUACUCAAGGUUAGAGAAGGAAGGAGCUACGAGCGCCCCCAGCUCCAUAUGUGACUGCAAUCUCGCGAGAUGCCCGUUGAUGCGCACUGAAGCGUUCGCAUCAAUUCGGGUAUUGGAGCUGCAGGUGGUCAAGACGGGUGCACACGCGCUCGAUGGCUUUGCGAUGGAUGAAGAAAAACGCAAGGGACUCAACGUCUUUGGUGUUGAGAAGAAAAAAGUUGAAAAGAGUUGUAUGACGAGCCAUAGUGGAUGUGUAGCGCAGAAGCAAACGACAAAAUGGAUCAAAUUUUAA